ACAUCUACCUCCACACAUCAGUUCUUCUCAUUCAAGGAAGUUGUUACACUACAAAGUCUGUGAUUUUCACCCGCUCAUUUACUUUGAUACUCUUCUUACAAAAUGUAUUUAGCUAAAAACGAGAAAUGGUAAAUUUAUUUUAAAAGUUAUAUUGCCUAAAAUCGUUGCCUUUGUUUUGACACAUUUAAAAGUCACUAUUGAUUACGACAAACAUCUGUCUAGCUUCAAGCACUGUAAAAAGAAAAAAGCACACUUUUGGUACAUCGAGCUGGUUCAAUUUGUGACCCAAUACGAGCACGUGUUGAACAGCCUACAAGAAAGGACUAACGGGAACCACCGGCCACAUUGACAGCAAUGAAUGAUGAAGUGGGCUACUCAGCUGAGUUGCAGAGCCUGGGCGAUGGGGAUAGCAACGAGUCAUACGACCCUGAAGAAGAUGAAAAAAAUAGGGUGGUAUUUCAACAAGAAAAUGCAGAGAGUCGAGUAUCUCUUACUCAUCAGCAUCUGUCAAAGAAGAAAUAUCAACAUCCUCAGGGCAGAACCUCAUUUCGAAUGUCUGUUUUUAACCUCAGCAAUGCCAUUAUCGGCAGUGGAAUCCUAGGGCUUUCCUAUGCCCUGGCUAACACUGGAAUAAUACUUUUUGUGCUUAUGCUAGUGUCAUUUACAGUACUAGCACUAUAUUCAAUUCAUCUGCUGUUGCUGUGCUCCAAGAAAACAGAUUGCAUGGUCUAUGAAGACUUGGGCUAUAAGGCUUUUGGGAUGCCUGGAAAGUGUGCCGUUUUUGGCUCAACAUUUCUUCAAAACAUUGGAGCAAUAUUAUCCUACAUGUUCAUUGUGAAAAGUGAACUUCCGUUGGUCCUCCAGUUUCUUAUGGGGUUCGAUACGAAGAAUGAAUCUUGGUACAUGAAUGGAAACUACCUUGUUAUCAUGGUGACUGUGGCAAUCAUCCUCCCACUCUGUCUUUUAAAGUCACUUGGUUAUCUGGGAUAUACAAGUGGAUUUUCCCUGGCUUGUAUGGUAUUCUUUUUAAUUGUGAUUAUCUACAAGAAAUUUGAUUUACCCUGCCCUGACCUGGAAUUAAAUUCAACAAUGCAGGCUGCAGAAAUGAUACCUGGUAACAAAACAGGAAUGUGUGAACCAGAGUAUGUUGAAUUCAAUACUAAGACUAUCUAUGCUUUACCCACCAUCCUGUUUUCAUACGUGUGUCAUCCAUCGAUUCUUCCAAUCUACAGCGAACUUAAAGAACGUUCAUCAAAGAAAAUGGAACGUGUAUCAACAGUUUCAUUCUUGUCCAUGUUUUUCAUGUACAUCCUGACUGCGUUUUUUGGCUAUUUUACAUUUUAUGAUAAAGUCAAUGAGGACCUGCUUCGCACCUAUGAUGCCAGCCAUGAUGUCCUAAUUCUUGUGGUGCGACUCGCCGUUGUCACAGCCGUUAUUCUCACAGUGCCAGUACUUUUCUUUGUUGUCCGCAAAUCUCUUUUGGAGCUGAUCAAGCAAAAAAAGUUCAAGUGGAAGCUUCACAUUAGCGUAACUUUGGUACUUCUGGCAUUCUCUGUUGUUUUGGUUGUCUUCACACCUUCCAUUAAAGACAUAUUUGCUGUGAUAGGCGCAACUUCUGCAAACAUGCUGAUGUUCAUUCUUCCUUCUGCACUGUACUUAAAACUUCAGACUUUGACAACCAAACAAAAGAUCAAGCCUGCUAUCUUCCUGGCAGCUGGGGUACUCUGCACUCUCAUCACUGUUCCCUUAGUUAUUAUUGACUGGGUGCAUACGAAGCAGUCAAACAACACUGGCUACUGAUCUCACAGAUCUCCCAUGAAAACAUCAUCUGUAACUUUAACAUAUGUAGUUUGUUUAUUAGUUAUAUUAUUUUAUUGUGUGUUGUCGCUGAUGAGUCACAUUGCCGCCUAUUCCAUCUCUGACUCAGGAAUCGCUGGCCGCUCACACGCUGGAUCUGCUGCUUAUUGUGUUGUAUUGCUAAUGAGAACCGCACUGGUGCUGUUCUGUCUCUGACUCAGGAAUCUCUGCCUCAGUGCUCACACUGGAUCUACUGCUGAUGAGUCACAUUGCCGCCUAUUCCAUCUCUGACUCAGGAAUCUCUGCCAGUGCUCACACUGGAUCUACUGCUGAUGAGUCACAUUGCCGCCUAUUCCAUCUCUGACUCAGGAAUCGCUGCCUCAGUGCUCACACUGGAUCUACUGCUGAUGAGUCACAUUGCCGCCUAUUCCAUCUCUGACUCAGGAAUCGCUGCCUCAGUGCUCACACUGGAUCUACUGCUGAUGAGUCACGUCGCCCCUGUUCCAUCUCUGACUCGGGAAUCACUCUGGUUCUACGCUGGAUCCGCUGCUGCUGCUCCUCAACACACCGCUCCGUCUCUGACUCAGGAAAUUUGCUGUCUUCCACAAUGAAAUCCCUAUGGUCACAGGCACAUUCUUCUGGGGUUUUUGUGUGUAGGCAUUUUUGUACAUUUCACCACAAUUCUGUUUUAAGUCCUCCGUAUCUUAACUGUAAUACAGUUUGAAAUCCCGCUAACAGACCUCCAUUCUCGAUUGUAAUCUCGUUUUAAAUCUCGCAAACGGAGUCUCCAAUAGGAAUGUGCUGUCACGCAGUAGGUGGGGCGGGUUUAAAGUAUUCAGAAUGAGUCAAUGAUGGGUGCAAGUCAGGAAGGUGGGACAUUGCCCAGCAGCAUUGGGAAAUGUAUUUAUUAUUAUUUUUGUAGUAGGUUUUAUUUUUUAAUGGUUAAAGGGUAAAGUCAAUGUGAAUUGACUAACCAUUUACACAGUUUUUCCGGUGUUUUCUGAUGUUAAUUGGCUAUCCACUGAUUUAAUUUUUUUUGUAUCGGGGGUGAUUUAUUGGGUUUUAUCAGUUAAAACCAAAAAUCAGAAGCCCAUAUUAUAACAAACCAGCAUUCAAUAGUGUCUGAUUACAACAUAGUACAGUACAUAAAAACUAGCAUUCAAUUGUGUUCAAGGUGAUAGGUGUUUUACCGGUUAUUGUCAAUAGUGUGCAAUUCCUGCAAUAUAGUAAUAAUAAAACAGCCAAUUAGCUUACUAUAUAUAUAUAUAUAUACAGUGCCGUGAAAAAGUAUUUGCCCCCUGUCUGAUUUUCUGCAUUUUUGCAUACACUGAAUGUUAUCAGAUCUUCAAGCAAAACCUGGUUGUACUGAACCUAAUAACUUGAACAGAAAGCCUUGUCAUUUGGUAAUAGUUCACAUUUCAACUCAGUAUAAAUAUAAUUAUUGUGUUUAAAUAAAAAAUAAAAAGUUUGA